AUGGCUUGGACUCAACGAUUGAUCCGCCCGGUUUCUAUAGCUGGAAUAUUCGGAUUUGGCGCCGUUUCAACAAGUACUCUCAAAAAUGACGAGGUGCCAUAUAAGAUCUCUGUUGAACGUCCUGCUAUCAAACGACCACUGGUUCAAAAGGAAAUCUUAAGUCGAAGGAUCAUCAAUGAAGACGACCAUACUGGCUUGAAAUUGCGGCUAUAUCAAUAUCAAUCUUGUCCAUUCUGCUGCAAAAUUCGGGCGCUUUUGGAUUAUUAUGGUUUUUCAUAUGACAUUGUAGAAGUGAAUCCGGUGAGCAAGAAAGAACUCUCCGGGACAAAUGGCUACAAGAAAGUUCCCGUUUUACGUCUUCAUGACUCAACUUACCUCAUGGAAUCUUCACUUAUCAUGUCGCAACUCGCAACUUUUUUGCAAAACGAAAAGAGAAGUAUCGAGGAAAUCAUCGACAUGUAUCCAGCAAUCGAUUCGUUUGAUGAGAAUGGAAAGGCCAUUAAGAAACAUCCAAAUAAAUAUUUCACGAUGCUGGAAAAAAAUCUUAGCCCCGCCGAGCUUGCAAAACAGAGAGAAGAACGUGAAUGGCGGGAGUGGGUUGAUGAGCACUUUAUUCAUCUGAUUUCACCAAAUGUUUACCGCUCUAUGGAAGAAUCCCUGGAAACUUUUAAAAGUUUUGAAGUUGCUGGAGAAUGGGAAAGGAUUUUCAGCCAUAUUGAGCGUAUUUUUGCGGUUGCUCUUGGUGCGACAGUGAUGUACUUCAUUGGAAAGCGAUUGAAAAAGAAGCAUAAUAUCGUGGAUGAGAGACAAUCGCUUCAUGAUGCCUGCGAAAAGUGGAUGGAUGCGCUUGGAAGCAGAAAGUUUAUGGGCGGAGAUCAACCCAACCUGGCUGAUUUGGCUCUUUAUGGAGCUAUGAAUUCAUUUGUUGGAUGUCGAGCAUUCAAAGAAGUAAUUGCAAAGGAAAGAAUAUCAACUUGGUACAUGCGAGUCAAAGAAUCGGUGGAGAAUUCCGAGGGACGCCAAGCUGUGAAAAAUCGCGUUGCCACGAAA